AUGAACAAUGCUCUUGCUAUUAAGGAAAAUCUGAGGAGGAGGGGCAUGGGUGGGGAGACUGUCUGUGUGUUAUGUGAUCAUGCCAUGGAAAGUUCUUCCCACUUGUUUAGAGAUUGUAUAGUUGCUGCACAUGUGUGGAGAUCCUCCUCUUUGGGAGUUUCUACAACAACAAACACACACCUACAACUCAGAGAUUGGAUAAAGAAUUUUCUGAACUUCCUGUGGAAGGAAGAUGGGCGAGGGAGCAUAAGGGUGCUUACAUUUGUUGCCAUUCUUUGGUCUAUUUGGUUGCACAGAAAUAGUGUCAUAUUUCGGCACUCCACCAGGAAUCCUGAAUUAAUACUCCAAAUGGCUCGUCAGUUUGGGGAGCAGUGGAUGAAUGCAGCUCCUCUAAGAAAUAAGAUGAAGAUGUCUAGUAAAAGACACUCUAUAAUGCAACAUGAUGGAGAUGAAGAACAUGUUAUUCUCAAGGGGGUGGGUCACGAUCAUGACGCUAUUCUCGUUACCGAUGGAGCGUGGAAAAUGCAUAAGAAGAAAAAGUAUCCAAGGGCUGCAGCGGGCUGGGUACUAAAGAAGGGGAGCAUUCUGAUUCCUAAGGAUGGAGUCCGAAUAGAAGCCACGAACCCAAGUCAAGCGGAAGUUAAGGCGAUCUACAUGUGGUUAUCUUAUGCCAGUCAGCAAGAUGUUCAAGGUGUUAGGGUUUACACCGACUGUGUUGAAGCUAUUACUUCUAUAAGAGACUUCCCCCAUUGCAUAAUUGAGCUUGCUACUUUAUGUAGUGACAUCAGAAGAAUGGCGGAUAAGUUUAGGCAUUGCUCGAUUUAUAAAUGUACUAGGGAACGAGUUAAGGAGGCCCAUGUGCUAGCAACUCAUGCUAGACAAAGUGGGUGA